CAAGGGUUGUGGAUAUCAGGUCUCAGCCUUCCCCUUUUGUCUGGGAGCACAGAAACUCCACCCUGAAAGUCUGACCCACAACGCGAGGUAGUUAUCUUCUCACAGUGGGACCUCUGAGCAUCAGAGCCCAGGAAACACUUCUUCAAGCAGUUUUUCCAGUGUCAAAGCUGAGUUCCGGCUGCAGUGGUACAACCAUGGCUUCUCAAGGCCUCCAAAUGAUGGGUGUACUGCUGGCCUUCAUUGGCUGGCUGGGCACCAUCAUCACCUGCGCUCUGCCUAUGUGGAGAGUCACUGCUUUUGUCGGUGCAAACAUCGUCACCGCCCAGGUGAUCUGGGAAGGCUUGUGGAUGAACUGUGUGGUCCAGAGCACAGGCCAGAUGCAGUGCAAGGUGUACGACUCCAUGCUGGCCCUACCGCAAGACCUGCAGGCUGCCAGGGCCAUGGUGGUUGUCUCUGUGAUCGUAGGUGUGUUCGGUGUCCUCAUGGCUGUGGUUGGAGGAAAGUGCACAAACUGCAUGGAGGACGAGGUGGCCAAAGCCAAAGCCUGCAUUGUGUCUGGUGUGAUCUUCAUAAUAGCCGCCUUGCUGAUCAUGAUCCCGGUGUCGUGGUCAGCUCACGCAGUGAUCAGGGACUUUUAUAACCCCCUGGUGAUCGAGGCUCAGAGAAGGGAGCUCGGGGCUGCACUUUAUAUCGGCUGGGGUUCCGCUGGGCUGCUGCUGCUGGGCGGAGGCCUGCUUUGCAACAACUGCCCCCCAAACGACGGGAGGGCCUACCUACCUGCCAAGUUCACCCCUGUGAGAACCGUAUCUUCAAAUGUGGACUAUGUGUGAGGAUUCGAACAUUCAAGGUUUUCAUUUAAUUUUGUUCUAAAAAUGAUGCACCAAAGGAUCAGCCACAUAAUGUCCUGAAAAAUGUCAUUGCCAAAGCUGAAGAAAGUGAAGGAAAAAAAACUUAACCACAGUAAAUACUUUAGAACAUUAAAUAAUAUAACAGCACAUUAAAACUUUAUGAACUGACAACAAAAAGCCUUGAUGACUGGUUGUGUGGUGGCCUGAACUUUUCAGAUGCAGUGUGUCUGUAUCAAAAGCUGACAUAUACUGUCAGUGCCCAGUUUUCACAUACCAGUAUGUUUCUUAAAUCUUUUUUCAGAGAAAAUUAAUAUUUCCCCUGUUUUAAUUCUAAUGGUUAAAAACUUGUGACAUUUCUCAGACCUAACGUUGUCAUUAUGAAUAAAAUAUCUAUAGUUAAGAGCAAUUUUAAUGAUGCAGACUGAGACUGAAGAACUCAUGCAAUGCAUUUGUGCUGUAUACAGACAUGUUCUUUAUCAAAUGACCCACAUUUAUAUCAACGGUUACACAGGUUGCUGCCCAGAGAAGUUGUGAAAACUUAACUUAACAAUUUGAAUUAAUGCAGACUUUUAAAAAUCUCUUUUUUAUAUUGAACAAUGUACACUCGAAAUCAUUUGUGAAGCUUUUUUUUCAUACUCAACUCUUUAACGACAUAAUGAUCACUGCUGGACUUCUAAUGGUCUUUAAAAUGUCAGAAAUAAAA